UGCCAGGAGAUACGUCAAUAAAUUACACAUCGCCUUGGUAUGUCCAGCCACAAGCUUUGCAAGAUGCCGCCUCUAGUCAUGCUGAUCAUGGCGAAGGGCUGGCGCAAACUUCUCCGCAAUCUCGGGUGGUGACGCGAAUGCGCUUCGAUGGGACAAGUACGGGUACCAGCACAUGAUGAAACUCGCCGAGGAGCACGGGACUGAAGCAUGCAUCUCCAAGACGCCUUCUUUCGAGUACUGGGACGAGCUACCAUCGAAGGCUAAGAUCGAGUCCAUGUCUGGAUAUCUUGAGGAUUUCGAAAUGUUGAGCGUAACAGACAUACCCGAAGGAUGCCAGUUCGGCGUAUCUUUUACAACCAUCACCGUGAAUGCCCCAAGAUAUAUCCAGUAUCUUUACCGACUGUUGCAGAACCAGUAUGGCGUGCAAUUUGUUCGUGAGAAGCUUCCAAGCAUCAAGGCUGCGUUCUCCGACAUAUCGACCAAGGUUGUGUUCAACUGUACCGGCAACGGUGCGCGCCGUCUCCCAGGUGUUGAGGAUGCCAAAUCCUAUCCGACCAGAGGACAGAUACUUCUCACGAGAGCUCCGCAGAUCACUAAAAAUGUGAUGCGACACGGAAAGGAUUAUGAAACCUACAUCAUACCUCGUCCUCAGUCAAAUGGUAACGUCAUUCUCGGUGGUUAUAUGCAGAAGGGCGUCGGUACUGGAGAUACGUUCUCGAGUGAGUCAGAGUCGAUAGUUGAACGAACCACCACUUUGCUUCCAGAGCUGCUCACUCCUGGCAUGGAGGUGCUGGCCGCGUUCUCCGGUUUGAGGCCUUCGCGGGAGGGUGGCGCUCGUGUGGAAAGGACAAGCAUUCAACUUGAUGAAUCAAGGAACGGUAUCCUAGUACAUAAUUACGGAGCGGGUGGUACCGGAUUCCAGGCUGGUCUUGGUAUGGCGCGAGAUGCAGUGAGCGCUGUUGAAGACGUGCUACGCAGUAUUCCGCGAGAAAAGAGCCGACUGUAGAUGGAGAUAGUGCGCGAAAAUUAGAUAUGAACAUCGU